UAGCAGAUGUGAAAGUCUGGCGAAUUACAAAUACCGUUACCCACUGGGUUGCAUUUCGUUUAAUUAGCUCAUGUAAAUCAUAUCAAUUCUAAAGAUCGUUAAUACAAAUCACACAGUUUGAGCGCAGCUUUACGUUCACCUUGAACGUUAAAAAGCGAUCAGAUGUUUUAACACCGCGGCAGAACGAGCAGACGAGAGUGUUUAGCAGACGGCUGUAUGUAUCAGACGAUCUUAUUUAAUAGCAGAAGACGUGUUUCAGCAGCAGACGAUCGUGUCGAAAGCAGACAGCACCUUUAACAGGAGACAGCGAUUUUAAAAGCAGACAGUUGUGUUAAAAGCAGACAGUUGUGUUAAAAGCAAACAGUUGUGUUAAAAGCAGACAGCUGUGUUAAAAGCAGACAGUUGUGUUACAAGCAGACAGCAUACGACAGACACCAACUUUAACAGGAAACAACGGUUUUAAAAGCACAGUUGUGUUAAAAGCAGACAUAUGUGUUAAAAGCAGACAGCAGACGGCAGGCACCAACUUUAACAGGAGACAACUAUUUUAAAAGCAGGCAGUUGUGUUAAAGCAGACAGUUUUGUUAAAAGCAGACAGCAAACGGAAGACAGCACCUUUAACAGGAGACAGCGAGUUUAAAAGAAGACAGUUGUGCUAAAAGCAGACAGUUUUGUUAAAAGCAGACAGUUGUGUAAAAGCAGACAGUUUUGUUAAAAGCAGACAGCAGACGGAAGACAGCACCUUUAACAGGAGACAACGAUUUUAAAAGCAGACAGUUGUGUUAAAAGCAGACAUUUGUGUUAAAAGCAGACAGCAGACGGAAGACAGCACCUGUAACAGGAGACAGCGAUUUUAAAAGCAGACAGUUGUGCUAAAAGCAGACAGUUUUGUUAAAAGCAGACAUAUUUGUUAAAAGCAGACAGUUGUGUUAAAGCACAGUUUUGUUAAAACAGACAGCAGACGGAAGACAGCACCUUUAACAGGAGACAGCGAUUUUAAAAGCAGACAUUUGUGUUAAAGCAGAAGUUUUGUUAAAAGCAGACAGCAGACGGAAGACAGCACCUUUAACAGGAGACAGCAAUUUUAAAAGCAGACAGUUGUGCUAAAAGCAGACAGUUUUGUUAAAAGCAGACAGUUUUGUUAAAAGCAGACAGCAGACGGAAGACAGCACCUUUAACAGGAGACAACGAUUUUAAAAGCAGACAGUUGUGUUAAAAGCAGAUAGUUGUGUUAAAAGCAGACAGCAGACGGCAAACACCAACGACGAUUUUAAAGGGAGAUGACCGUGUUAAAAAUCAAACGAUAGUUAUAAAGGGAGACGACCGUGUUUAUUAAUAAAAAAAGCAAAAAAAAACAGACGACAGAAGGAGGAAUGGAAUCAUCUCUCAUUAUUGUGAUUGGCUUGUGCUGCAGUAGUCUGCUCGUGGUCUUCGGAGAUCAGCAGGGUUCAAGGAAACUUCUCGUGAUACUACUGGACGGUUUCAGGUGGGACUAUCUCAAAUAUGACGGGUUCGGUGACGAUGGGUUUCGCAGGUUCGCCAGAGAGGGGACGACAGCAACGUCCCUGCAGCCGGUGUACCCCUCCUCUUCCUACCCAAAUUACUACUCGCUCAUGACAGGACUGUAUACGGAAAGUCACGGAAUGACCGGAAACUAUAUGUAUGACGCGGUACGCAACGAAUCCUUUUUGAUUGGAACAAAUCCCGAGCAGAAACAUCCUCAUUGGUGGGACGAUGGUGAUCCAAUAUGGGUCACUGCAACAAGGCAGAAAAAGAACUGCUAUAUGUUCUACUGGCUUGGGUGUGAGGUGGAGAUUCGAGGGAUCAGGCCUAAGUUCUGUCAACCCUACAAAGGAAUUCCUACGAUACCUCAGUUCCGCUCGGCCAUUGCGCAGUCUCUGCAGCUUCUUCAAAACGGAAGUGCUGAUUUGGCGACAAUUUAUUUCGAGAAUAUCGAUCACGAAGGCCACGUUCACGGUCCUUUCAGCGACGCCAUCAACAGCACUCUCAAAAUGGUCGACGCUGAAAUCGCUCUCCUAUUGGCUGAGAUGGAUCAACGUCAUAUCCGGGAUAGCGUUGACGUCAUGAUUACGUCUGAUCACGGGAUGACCGACAUGUCGGGAGUCUCCCCGACCAGACUCAUUAACAUCAGCUCGGUGCUUCUACCGGGAGAUUACUCCCUCGUCAUUGGAGCUGGCUCCCUAACUAGUGUCUUUUUGAGCAGCGAGCUUGUUCCACGGGUGUACCAGAAGCUGAAGUCGUUUCACCCCCACAUGAAGGCUUAUCUGCGAGACGAAAUCCCCGACAGGUGGCACUACAAGCGAGGACGUUACGUGGCGCCAAUUACACUGAUAGCAGACGUCGGCUGGUUCAUACUGACGCCUUACUACCCUCAAUAUCCUGCCAACUCAGACGGGAGUCCAUUUCGUGGUUGGCAUGGUUACGACAACAUAUUCAUAGAUAUGCACGGGAUAUUCCUAGCCUCUGGUCCAUCUUUCAAGACAAAUCACGCCUCGCGAUCUCUCGAAAUCACUCAGCUGUAUCAGGUGAUGUGUAGAAUCCUCGACGUCACACCCUCCCCUAACAACGGUUCCUGGAAUCUAGUGGAAGACUUUCUAGAUUCGUCUUUAUCCAGCUGUCUACGAACUGAGAGCUCACUAGCUGCCAUUGUGUUCUUCGUAUUAUCGAGUUUUGUGUUUUCACGUGAUUAGUGUAACCAAAGUCAUAAAAUCAUAUAUAAUAUAGAAUACUAAACGAGCUUGCCUGUCAUACCAUUUUUAUAAAAUGAGUGAACAAGUUUGAUAUCUGAGGAGCGAAAGUUAGUCAGAUAAGAUACCAACACUGAUCACGACUUUCAUAAAAAUGGUAUGACAGGCAAGCUAGUUUAGUAUUUUAUUUAUUACAAACCAACUGCAAACAAGGCGCAACGAAGAAGUAAGCAGAUGUCGAGACCUAUUACACGUUAUUUUUCUGCAAGUU